AUGUUCGAUUAUAAUAAUUCUGACAGCGAAACAGAAAUCCAAUUAAUUAAUUUGAAGCAAUUAUCUAGCAGUCCAGCAAAGAGCCAAGAGCCUCAUAAUGAAAAAGAAGUUCAGGUAUUAGAUAAAUUGAUAGCAACAAGCUCUAACAAAUACAAGGAUUAUAUGGAAAAUGUUCGACAAAAUGAUGGAGAGCUUGCUUCGAGCGACGAUGGUUUUGCUGUUGAAUUGAUGAAAGGAAAUAUUUUAUCAACUAUGGAAAAUCGCAAGCAGGCCAAUAUUGAAGCUAUCCGUUUGAAAUAUAAGGAUAAGGACUAUCCAAAUACAGUAUCAUCAAAGAAAGCAUUAUUAGAAAGAACGGAGGCCCAUUUGUAUAUAGUACCUGAGAUAUUGAAAGGCAAACUUGAAACCUCUAUUUUUUAUGAUAUGGCAAAAUCACUAUCUGAAUCAUCUAACUAUGAAACAAUGACGCACAAGGAAAAAUGGAGUGUUAACUGGCAAGAAUUUUUUGGUGGUUACUACGGGUUUAAGAGACAGCUGUUCAUUGGAUCAAUUAUUAUAAGUCGGCAUAAGAACGAUUUGCUGAAUGCUGCAAAUAAAAAUAAAACUGUAUCAUACUGGACAAUUAAUGGUUUCUCUACUUUUGUAUUGGCAAACGAAAUUAUAAUACGAUUUAUUAUGCAAGAUUUCGAUUGCACCAUGUCUGAGGCCGAGAAUAUCAUUAGAGAAAGUUCAGAAUAUGGAACUGUGAUUUCGGAUUCUACGGAAUUAAUUGACGAUCUCAAUAUCGGUGAGCUUUUAAAUGACGAAUCUAAGGAAUUCAUGAAAGGUAUAACACUAGAUGAUACAAAUAACGAAUAUUUUGACGACAAUAAAGAGAUUGAAAAGAACCCCAUACUGUGCGAGAAAUCUAAUACUGAUGUAAAAGAAUCAAAAAUAGACAUAUUGGAUCAAUUCCUAGGUACAAGUAGUGACGAUGAUGACUAA